CCCCCAACCCCCCCACCACCCAACACCCCACCCCCCCGCACCCCACCACUCCCCGCCCACCCAAGCGCCCCUACUCCCGCCCCGCCCCCCACCCCCCUCACCCCCCGCCACCCCCAAAAAAGCGCCCACCAGGACCCCACCCCCGCCAAAACCCUACCCACAUAA